AUGGUGAAACAGGCAGGAGCAGUGCUUACGGGCGGUGAGUUCAACAACCUUUGGCUGUGGAACGAGUACGUUGAUCUCGUCCGCACCAAGGUUACCUAUACUGAACUUGGUGAAAGUCAAAUGGCUGAAAGAGUGCGCAUUUUAAAACAAUCUCUCAGUCAGGACUUUUUCAUGACGCUCCAGUCGCGGAUACUGCCUGCCAUGAGGGCAGAUCCGGACUGGCUAGUCGCCUUUGUUGUGAGGUUGUAUGCAGAAGUUUGGCCGCCAUUUAGUAAGGGGGAUAAAGCGGCGGUGACAGCGAAGUUCGCUCGAUCUUUGAUGCAGGACCCCGAACGCAUGUUUGAGGUCCUCCAGGAGCUAAUAGUGUUUAUGUGUGGGCAUUCCUUGCUCACUGUUCUCAUUCCAGAGGUGGAAGCUCAGGAUGAGCACCAAGAUGAGCCAGUGGCUUCUACGGCGGAGUAUAUGGCCGACAUGCAGAAGCACUUGGCUGCCUACUAG